GCCCAGGGGCCGGGGCAGAGGCCCCGCCGGAGUCGCCCGGGAAGGGGGUCCGGGGUAGGCGGGAGGACGCCCGCAAGCGGAGGGCUGCCCGGCUUCACUGCCACCGCUGGCCGCCGCGGGGCCGUGCUGCCGGCCGCAUGGCCCGUUCCCGGACCCGAACUCGGGGCCCCCGCUUUUUCUCCCCUCCGAUACGUCGGCGCUAUUGUCCAGGCCCGGCGAGCCCCGCGGCCCCGAGGGGGCGCGUAGCGCUUCGCAGCCUCCCGCCCCGCCGCUAUAGGAAGUCGGGGCGCCGGUCACUGCCCUGCUCCCGCCUCCACCAUGAUGUCCGCGAAGCCGCUUCCCGCGCCACCGCCGCCUCCUCAGGCCGCCGCCGCCAUGUUUUCCUUCCUUCUACCUGGCCCUGCCAGCGCAGCCGGUGGCUCUGCCCCUCUCGCCUGCUUCAAGUGUCCGACGCCGAGGGGCGUCUGCUCCUGCUGCCGGCGCCUCCGCUGCGCGGGCGACUCCUAGAGCCCCCAGGCGCCGAGCGCUCCAGGCCUAUUGGAAGUCUCUUUCCUCCGCCGCUGCCACCGCCUCUUCCGUCUUCCUCACGGAGCCAAAGCCGCCGCCAUCUUGGUUCGCCCCUCAAUAGCGGCGCGCGGGGCCACCCAGGCAGCCGCUGCAGGGGCGGCCCGCUGACCCCACCAUUUAAAGAGACAGGAGCGAGGCCGAGAGCCUCGCAGCGUCGAAGGCCUAGGACGGAGGCGGGAGGCGGGCGCGGAGUUGCCGAGGUGGCGGGAGCACAGGGUGCGGAGGAGGGGGAAACGCUGGUCGCGCCGGUGACGGCCGGGGCUCCCUCGUGCUCCCAGCACGCACCGUCGUGCGAGUACGGGGCGGCGUGUGCGUGCGUCGCGCCCUGUGUGCGUCAUCAGCCCCGCUCGGGGAUUUGGCAAGGGCGUGGGGCCCGCCUCCGGCGGAGCGAGCGGUCCUGCGUUCUCUGCCCGCGGCGCGCUCGGUGUCGGGCGUUCUUCUGAUGGCCUGCUGCAGUCUGCUGUGGCUCGCUGUCCGCCCGCCCGCCCAGCCGCUUCGGCCUGCGGCUCUUAGGCACGUCCACCUCUACGACCGUCUUUUCCUGGCCUCCUUUGGGCCUGGGCUCGGAACCUGAGCGCGGGGUGGUGGCGGCUGUCCUUCGGCAGGAAACCUUCUGGGGAAGGCCGCAGGUUUAGGCCGAGCGGCCAGCGGCUCGCCUUGGGAGCUGCAGUGGCGUGGCGAGCCUAGAAACGAGGGACAGUUUGCAUUUUCUGAGCCUGAGGUCAAGCCCGGAAAGUGACAAGUCUGAGACCUCACCUUACAAUUCAGCCACGGGCAUCCAUUUCUUUAUCCCUUAUGAGAACAAGGAAAGAAUAAA